AUGACGUUGGAUGAAUAUUUGCAGGGUGAACUGACACCAACUAGAUUAAGCUCUCAAUGGACUUCUUCUAAACAUUUUGUCUUCCAGCAGGAUGAUGGUGGCCUUGCUGUUUUGGACACUGCUGAAAAUACAAUUUCGCUCUUAGUUACAAAUCAUACUCUUUUGGAUGUUAAGGGUUUUCUUUGUACCACUGAUCUCAGAUAUAUUUUGUUUCGGCACGACGUUAAGACGGUAUUCAGAAAUUCUUUUUUAUCUCAUUACACAAUUUAUGACGUCACAAACGAUCAUCUCAUUCCAAUAACGAUUCGUGAUUCCGAAAAUAAAAUUACAGCCACCAGACUUCAACAUGCCAUCUGGUUGGGUAAUACAACUGCCUUGGCUAUUAUUAAUAAUAAUAAUAUUUAUAUAAGAGAUUCUCCGGUUGGAAAAGAUCAUCAAAUAACAAUUACUGGACUUCCUGGAGUCGUGUACAACGGUGUUUCCGAUUGGUUGUAUCAGGAGGAUAUUUUUGCCUCGUCUGAAGCGUUGUGGCCUUCACCGGACGGAAGUCACAUAAUAUUUGCCACAUUUAACGACAGCAAAGUUCGAACUCUUAGUUUUCCAUGGUUCGGUGUAAGUUCGCUCAGUAGUUCUAGCAAUACAUUCGGUAGUUUUCCAGAUUUCAAAACCGUUAGAUAUCCAACGCCUGAAAGUCCAAAUCCAAAAGUACGGCUGUGGGUAGUCGAUGUGAGAAAUAAAAAUAAAUCCGUGCGUUGGGAAGUAAGCCCUCCAAAAUCACUUGAGAAUCAAGACUUUUACUUGACCUCAGCGGGUUGGGUAGGCGACAGCAAUCAACAAGUUGGUGCGGUUUGGAUGAACCGUGCUCAAAAUCUCAGCAUCGUUAGUGCCUGCGUCUCUCCUAAUUGGACGUGUAUAGAGACUCACGUGGAGAGAGCUCCAGAAGAUACGUGGCUAGACGUGCAGCCACAACCUUUUUUCUCACCUGACGGGGAUAGUUUUUUGUUGUUGGCUGCCGUUCAAGAAGGAGCCAAUGAUCAUUAUACUCAUAUUAAGCACGUCACGCUCAAACAACAGAGAAUGGCAGUCCUCAGUCACGGACGCUAUGAAGUUGUUAAAAUUUUAGAAUGGGACACUUCUAAUCAUUUAGUGUAUUUGUUUUUUCACUUAUUUAAUUUCAAGCAUUUGUAUGUUGUUAAAGAUCCAGGAGCAGAUGAUCCAAAAAGAUUAGAGCCACAAUGUAUUACUUGUGAUUUAAGUGAAUAUGGUAAUUGCACGCAUUUUAAUGCUGCCGUUAGUCCUCCGAAAGGUAUGGAAGGAGCAUUAGGCCAUUAUGUAUUAGAAUGCGAAGGUCCCGGAUUACCUCUUGCUGCCAUACAUGCUUCUGAUACUCAUCGAUUAAUAAGAGUCAUUUUUAAUACAAGACUCACUCGCUUACAACUUUUACAAAAGCUAGCGUUGCCGACGUCUAAAAGUUUUUCGGUGCCUCUACCACAGGGUUCAAAAGCUCAAGUGCAACUGUAUCUUCCACCGAGUUGGAGAGAAGAAUUGCGAGACGCCGCCUACCCAGUGUUGGUGGAGGUUAAUGGCCGUCCAGGAAGUCAAUCAGUAACUCAAAAGUUCUCAAUAGAUUGGGGAACUUACAUGUCUAGUCAUAACGAUGUAGUUUACAUAAAACUUGACGUACGAGGUGCCAAAGGAUUAGGAAAAAGGCCUCUUUAUAGGCAUUUAGGUGGAGUUGAAGUACAAGAUCAGAUUGUGACAGUGAGAAAUCUACUUGAUACUUUUGGCUUUUUAGACAGAAGUAGAAUUGCAGUUUGGGGUUGGGGUUACGGAGGUUAUGUAACUACAAUGCUAUUAGGAUCUCAACAAAAUAUUUUUAAAUGCGGUAUAGCCGUAUCACCAAUUACAGAUUGGCUGUAUUACAAUAGUGCUUUCACGGAAAGAAUAUUGGGUCUUCCUGGUGACAAUUAUAAAGGUUACGUAGAAGCAGACGCUACUCAAAGAGCGAGAAACAUACCUAGUCAUUCACUUUAUCUCAUUCAUGGUCUUGCCGACGUAACAGCACCCUAUCAGCAUGGCGUGGCUUUGGCAAAGGCUUUAGCCGAUGCUGGAGUUUUGUUUAAAUAUCAGAGUUACGCGGACGAAGGUCAUUUUCUUGUUGGUGUUCUAUCACAUGUGUACAGAUCCAUGGAAAAUCAUUUAAAAGAGUGCCUUAGCUUGGAUGAAGACGAGAAUAAUUCAUAG